AUGACUCCGGAAAACCUCCAAACCGCUAGCGUAGCAAUUCCCAAGACGGUCACUACGACCUUGUUGAUCUGUGAAUACAUCAAUGCGUUGGGGUUUUCACCAAAAGAGUUUAUGGUGACAUUCUUCUCCUCAAACCAUGCGGAUAUAGAACAUCGCCGGAGAAUGAUGAAGGUAGGUCUCGGGGUCAAGGGCACCCGAUCAAUCAUCAAGAACAUCGGCAAGGUGACAAUGUCGUCUCCCGAGGGCCGCGCUGAUUGGGAGAAUAUAAUAUUAGAUGAGGCCUCAGCAAUAGUCAAUUCCCAAGAAGUUCAAAGGGGAUAUUUCCCCCAAGGCGGAUUUGCCAGCUCGAAUAGAAUCACUUCGGACUUUUUUGGGGAGAGUGCUGAGGCACUUCGUUCAAAUAAAAUCAAAGACGGCAUGCAUUUCCUUCACACCCUAAUACAUCGCAAGCUGGCUCUAGGAAUGAAGAAAAAAGAUCUUGAGGUAUAUGACGAUAAGGACGAUGAGCCCAGUGGUCUCGAGUCGGGCCUAACUGGGAGCCCCCAACCAGGCAGCGAGCCUCACAUUGAAGGGGCAGUGGACAAAGCCACUAUCUUAUCACUAGAGAAUCUAGUCUUCGUAAAGGGUACUCUGGCGUCCCUGGCCGCCCACAAGCUGGAGACGCUGCCAACCAUGAUUUGCUCGAUGAUUGCAGUGACAUGCAACCGCCGCAUCAACGCCAUUCCGCUCGCAAAUGGACUGAUGGCUUUGGCAGCCGGGGUGACGUGUUGUGUGAAUGAAUGGUUGCACGCCUUUGGGAUGACCACCUCUCGUGCCACUGUUUUGCAAGCAAUGGACCGACUCCGAGUCCUACAAGAGGAGAGAAUGAAGGACCUCCUUUUUGUUCCAGGGCCUAACGAGGUGUCGCACUGGGUUUCAGUGAUCAAAUCACAACUUGCCAAGGCUCUGAAAGAACACCUACCUCAUAUACCGCGUGCCCCCGAGCCCCAUUUGCUACCUGCAACGCUGAAGACUUUCCCACCUCCAAUCGAUCCAAUUGAAAUGCACCAAGCGAACAUUCAUUUCCUUCGAAUGAUGGACGCCCCGGACAGUUCCGCCGAUGGUGUCUCACGCGUGUUAGAUGCGGUGGUUAGUCAGAUUGGUAUACAAAAAGAAACUUAUGCCGAAAAACUAUUGAUAGCUGGGGGUGAUGUUGGGUCCAACCAACUCUUGGAGAGUCUCCGGGUCAAACGUUUUCCACCCGUCAAGUCUGUCGAGGGAAUCGAGUGGGUACUAUCAGUAUUCGGGGGCGCCCACACGACGUGGAAUUUUGCCAAGGCUAUAUGGUCACUUCACUGGGGUAAUUCAGCAGACGGUGAAGAUUCGGGAGUGUGGAGGUCGACCUUCGCCAUUGGUGGGGAUUACAAGAAACCGCCCGCAUCUCAAGACUUUAAUAGUAUCAUGAGAAGUUUGCAAAUGAUUCACAAAGCUAACCUAGUGUUCAUAAUUAAGUCAGCAUCUUUUUCAUUUGCAAUUUGUUAUCGACGUCAUAAACUUAUCUUCGACAGCACCCUUCCUCAGGCAGGUUACCAAUAG